AAUUCUUCAUUCACAAUAUUUACCUUGUACACUUUGUUAGUUAACGUAACGAUACUUCCCGGCCUCAAAAUAUGUCCUACACCAGAAGAUUCGUUUGUCGCUGCGGGCCUUUGUCUUUUAGAACCCCAGUCAAAAUCCGACCCCACCAAACCUUUCUUCACCGCACAGUAGCCCCGCCAUCAAAACACAACAUCCUAAAAUAUACCAGCAAAGCUACAGUAAAUAUGUCUGGAAUUAAAGAAUACGCCCUCCUUUGCUUGGAGAACCCAUUGCUUGGUAGGUAGAGAUGAGUCCAACCAAUCUUCACAAUGAGUCACCCUUGGACGGACAAUCUCCAGCUUUCAAACAGCUUUGAAUGUAGAAGAUUUUCGAGUCUCGAGUCCAUCCACUCUCAAGAGGGAUGAAGCUCUUCACCCGCGCUUCGAACCAAGCCUCUGCAAUAUACAUCUUAAAUCAGAAACUAACCUUGGUCUCCAGAUAUCCAAGCCCAAGGAGACCAAGCUCUUCUCGACAAAUACGGCCUCAAACCCAACGAUGCCAUUCUCGCCGAAGAAAAGCACAUCCCCAUUUACGAAGAUCUCCUCAACAACUACUCUGCCAAACUGAUUGCCGGAGGCGGAGCCCAAAACACUGCCCGUGGAGCUCAAUAUAUUCUUCCACCCAACAGCGUUGUCUUCCUCGGCGGAGUAGGAGACGACAAAUACGCCGCCAUUCUCCACGAUGCCGUCAAGACCGCCGGUCUCCGCGUCGAAUAUCGUGUUGACAAGACUCAGCCUACUGGACGAUGUGGUGUUGUCAUCACCGACCACAAUCGAUCUAUGUGUACUGAUUUGGGCGCUGCGAACCACUAUGAUUUGGAGCACUUGAAGUCGCCAGAGGUCUGGAAGUUGGUUGAGGGUGCUACGCAUUAUUUUGUUGGUGGUUACCAUUUGACUGUGUGCCCACCGGCUAUCCAAGCUCUUGCUGAAGAGGCUGCAAAGAAUAACAAGGCAUUUGUCUUUUCCCUCUCCGCACCAUUUAUCUCUCAAUUCUUCAAGGAGCCUCUUGAUGCCACCGCACCAUACUGGGAUUACGUUAUUGGUAACGAGACUGAGGCAUUGGCGUGGGCAGAAAGCCACGGCGUCAAGUCUAAGGAUAUCAAGGAGAUCGCCAAGGCAUUGGCCGCUUUGCCAAAGGAGAACAAGAAGAGAGAGAGAGUGGCUAUUAUUACACAAGGGACCCUUCCUACUGUUGUAGCAGUCAAUGGACAAGAUGUUAAGGAAUACCCCGUUCACGCCAUCGAGAAGAGCUUGAUCAACGAUACUACAGGUGCUGGAGAUGCUUUCGCUGCUGGCUUUACUGCUGGUUUGGUUGCUGGAGAAUCCCUCGAACAAUGCGUUGACCAAGGGCAAUGGUUAGCUAAGUUGAGCAUUCAGGAGUUGGGUCCUUCGUAAGUUUUUCAGUCAUUUAUGCAUGUAUCUCACACCUAUUAUUCGGGCCAUCGGUGUACAACUUCAUCAAAUUGUCUAGAUUACAGACUAACGAUAUUUGCAGAUUUCCCUUCCCUAAGCAGACUUACAAGCCUACCAGCCAGUAAGUAUCUAUGACUUUUUUUACCAUUCUGAUUCUAGACGGCGUUCGGGUGAUGGUUUCAACAACAGGAGCGUCUACAAUCGAAAAGAUGUAGUGCAUGAUGCAUGAACUUAUGAUCCUCCACGAUCAAUUUAUAGAGCUAGCGUGUCGUUAGAGACCCAAUAAAACGUUAUUUACCCAUAUC